AUGGAGUCCAUCAAGAUACCAACGACCCAUGGGACCCUCAACACGGGGAUCUACCGGCCGAGCACCAGCACCCCCACAACCUCCGCCAUCCUUUUCAUGCACGUCAUGUCAGGCAGCUGGGAAAUGUUCAAGCCUCUACUGGCUAACCCAUCUGCCCUCACCCAGCCCUCCUCUCCCUCGUUGUCUAGCGGAGUCCUGCUGCACCUGGGAAUAACCGACGUCCUCAUCUACGGGUGUAGCCUGGGCGGGCACGUCGCCAUGGACCUGGCCAUGCAGCUCGCCGACCCGGGCAGCCACAUCCACAGCAGCACUGACGGCAGGACCAAGGCCCUUGAGGGCCUCAACAAAGACCCGGCCGACAACCUGGCCGGCACGCCGCAGCCCUUCACCGACGCCGAGCUGGACGCCCUCGUGCGCCACGGCUACGGCGCCGGGCCCGACGAGGACGAAGGCCACCCGUGGAUGCGUGCCAGGGCCGCCAUGGUCGGUAGCGUGCUCACCGGCGGUAGCGGGGGCCGUGGAGGCACUCGCGACCACCGGGCAUUCCUAAUCACUCCGGGAGGAGUUCCUGUGGCGGUUGUGAAUGGCGCCGCGGAUGUAUUCUGUAAGCUGGACGUAUUCGACACGCUCGACUAUAGGAACCUGUGGCGGGGGCGGGUGAGCCGGCUCGAGGAUUCUGGUCACUGUCCGUGCUGGGACCAGCAGGUGGUGUUUGCUUUGCUGUUGGGCCCAGCGAACCCCGGCCGCGGCGCCAAAACAAGCACCGACCAGACAGACAUCCUAAUUUACAUCAUACCAGUUCAGGCCGGUUCCCUUUUCUUGAUGCUGUUCAAUUAG